CGAACGGGCUAAGCUUCUCCAAACUCAAAGCCCAAAUUAAAAUUUUGGAAGCCCGUCGCGGCCCAAACCGGACACACGGCCGCUGCAGCAGAGAUGGCCGCCGGAGUCAACGCCGAUGGCCCUGAUCCGGCACACCAGCCUCCGCCCCCAGCCCCUGAAGACGGCGCCGACUCCGAGGACGAGGACUACGUGGGCGGCGGCGACAAGCCCCGGUGGCAUUCUCAGCCGUGGCCGCCGACGGCAGCCACCUCGAGCCGUUCGCUCGGGCUCGGAGCAUGUCCGCGACGCGGGGCGAAUCGAGAGCUCCGGCGUGCUGCGGGGCACCGGCAGCGGUGUUAUACGGCCUCGAGCUCGGGGCAGCCCGCCGCCCGGAUUGAAGAGCACCACGAGAGAAAAAUGGCCGGACAAUCUGAUGGCGUUGGCGUAACUGACUAGCUCCUCUGCCUGUGGAAGCAUUUGAGCCUCCCGCAGAGCAUCACCAGGACAAGAACCACCUUCCCCAGGUCGCUCCACCACCCGGAGAAGCUGUACGGCAUGUCCUGGCAGACGCUUUGCUUCUCCGGGUGCGGCAGCCUCGCGCAGCUGUAACCGAUGGACAGUCC